CUGAGCUUUGUGAUAUGUGUUAUAACUUGCUUUGACACAUAUAGCAAUGAUGAAGAGGACACAAAUUAUUACCUAGGUCGUCUGUAUGAAGAUUUUAUUUCUUUCUAUUAUCUCUUUGUGAACUUGUCAAAACAUUUCUGCGAACACAAAGUGGCCAAAGCAGGUGUGGAAGUCUCAAAUGCAUUGCCAAUGGUUAAUGCAGGGGAAACCAGCUUCAGGUUCAGAGAGAUGCAGGCACUUCAACCAACUCUGAAGAUAUUCAACCAAAGUGGCUGGAAUGUCAGCAGCUGUUGGACGCAACCUUAUGCUGAUGCAAUUUCACGCAGAUUUGGUACCCCUUUAGAAUUAGAUUUAAUACAACUACCAACACCCACAACUUACUUCAGACUUGUAAGCUUGCCUAAGGAUAUAGGUAACUUCUUGAGGAAGUUGUUGUCUAGUCUCAAUGUAACCAGACUGACAAGCUGUCCAAAUGGAAUAUCUGCCACCCCCACUUGGACAGUUGUUGCGUCCAACACUGUGACCCCCAGCCACUUGGUUGAAAUCUUCAAUUGGUUAAGUGCCUGUGGGUUGCUUUUGGCAAAUGGAAAUGUCAAGAAGCUCUUUCAUGGUUUUGUUCAGAUGCAGAAAGAGACAAAACUAAUAAUGAGUGAGGCACGUUUGAUGCUGACUGACAUGGCAAAAGCUGCAUCAUCUACACAGAUUCAGUGUCUGGAACUCACAAUGGCUGAGAACGUAAAAAGUAAAUGCCUUCAGGGUGUAACACAGCCCCUCCUUGUGAUGUCAUCUGGGAUUAUUGAAACAAAACUUGAGCACCUAAUUUCGCAGCAUUUUUCAAGCAUCCUCUCUAGUCAAGAGAAAUCUGCUAGCACAUUAGCAGUAACAUCACCCAUACAAGGUGAAACAUCACUUAAUAACUCGGGCAUUUAUAAUGUAACGUCGACACCUAUUGGAAGGAAUCCAGACUCCAAAGAAAUGGACAGGAAUACUGAAGUCAAUUCAAGUAGUGAAGUAAAGUUGACCAGACAACCCCAAGAUAUAAAAGAUGAGACUGAAUCUGACCAUUGGCAUUUGCAAGGAGCCAGACCAAAGGAUUUUACUCCAAAGGAAAAAAGAGUAUCCUAUGUUUCAAGAAUAUUCACGCAUGAAUCAAUUUCAAAUAGAGAGAAGAGUGUAACAGAAAAAGAAAACAGCUCUUUGAACACUAGCAGAGAAGCAAAUGUGAAGCCAGCUUCCAACUUUUCCAGGAGUUUAAAUGAUAGUCAGAUGUUUAAUCAAUCUAAAGAUUAUUCUGGCUUGGAUGAUAACUCUUUUGAGACUUCAGAUGAAGUUGAUAACACCAGUGCAAGGAGUGGAAGUUUCCUAGACCAAGUCAAGAAGAUAUUAGAGGAGUCUGUGAACUCUAAUGCCAA